AAAUGGGUAUGGGCUGGAGGACCCAGUAUCAGACGUCCGCCUCUUCCUAUCGCUUCUGAGAGAUUUGGAGUAAUUUACCGACGAAUCAGGUCUUUCAGAUGAACUUCAGUGUAGACCAGAUGGUAGAUGCAGUUAACGUGACAGGGUGAGUGGUUCUCCCCCCUGCCAGGACUACGAGACGACCCUCCCUCUGCACUGUAGUUUUCCCUCUAUUUGUGUGCCAUGGACCGUAUGGAACUGAAGCAAGUGAGCACAGAGGCGGACGACGACAGCAAUGCCAGCCUGGAUGAGCGCCUCACUGAACCCAUGGACUCUGAGAAGACCACGAUGAGCAGUCAGUAUAUGGAUGAGGAGGAUGAAGAGAGUCAGAAGUUCCUCACCCAUGGAAUGAUGAAGAAGAAGUUUGAGGAGUAUCAUGAAGAAUACCACCCAGGACAUGCUUCUUUUGGGAUGUCUGUUUUUAACCUCAGUAAUGCCAUCAUGGGGAGUGGGAUCCUGGGUCUGUCUUUCGCUAUGGCCAACACUGGCAUCGUCCUGUUUCUUGUUCUCCUUUUGGGCGUAUCUAUUCUGUCACUCUAUUCCAUUCAUCUGCUACUGGUAACAGCUAAAGAAGGAGGUUCCCUAAUCUAUGAGAAGUUGGGUGAAAGGGCAUUUGGCUGGCCAGGGAAAAUAACAGCAUUUGGAUCCAUAAUCCUGCAGAAUAUAGGAGCCAUGUCCAGCUACCUGUUCAUAGUGAAAUACGAGCUUCCUGAGGUUAUCCGAACCUUUCUAGGGCUAGAGGAGAACUCUGGUGAGUGGUACCUGAAUGGUAAUUACCUGGUGGUGUUUGUGUCUGUAGGAAUUAUCCUACCUCUGUCCCUGCUCAAAAACCUUGGCUACCUGGGCUACACCAGCGGGUUUUCCCUCUCAUGUAUGGUCUUCUUUGUGGGGGUGUUAAUUUAUAAGAAGACUCAGCUUCCAUGUCCUCUGCCAUUCUUUUUCCACCACGCAUCUAACGUGAGCCUGAACGGGUCAGAGCUGCUGGGGCCAUACGCGCUCCACAAUGGCUCCACUCUGAUCGGUGCUCACUUGGACCCCUACCCACCUGCCGCUGCCACCCACGUCUCUGGGGACAACUACAUGUCCCACCCGGAUGACUAUGAGGACGUAUGCACGCCCAAAUACUUUGUGUUCAACUCGCAGACUGCAUACACUAUUCCUAUUCUGGCUUUUGCGUUUGUGUGUCACCCAGAGGUCCUUCCCAUAUUCAGUGAACUGAAGGAUCGCAGUCAGAAGAAGAUGCAGAAUGUAUCCAACUUGUCGAUCCUGGCUAUGGUUAUAAUGUACAUGCUGUCAGCGCUGUUUGGCUACCUCACAUUCUAUGAUAACGUGGAGGCCGAGUUACUGCACACAUUCAUCAAGGUGUACAAGUUUGACACCAUGCUGCUGAUGGUGCGUCUAGCUGUUCUGACUUCUGUGACACUCACUGUUCCCAUUGUCCUCUUCCCUAUUCGCUCAUCCAUCACCACGUUGCUCUUUGCUGGGCGAGAAUUCAGCUGGUUCAGACACAUCCUCAUUGCUGCAGCCAUCUUGGCCUUCAACAAUCUUCUCGUUAUCUUUGUCCCGACAAUCAGAGACAUUUUUGGUUUUAUAGGUUCCUCCGCUGCCACCCUGUUGAUCUUCAUCCUGCCUGCGGCCUUCUACCUGCGUCUGGUGAAGAGCAUACCACUCAGGUCCCCCCAGAAGAUAUCAGCAGCCAUCUUCCUAGUGGUGGGCGUCAUCUUUAUGUUUGGCAGCCUGUCCCUCAUCAUCCUCGACUGGAUCCACAACCCCCCCGGGUCCGGCGGUGGUCACUAAGCAACCCAGAGCUUACCACACCCCACCGUGACCUCCCCAAAGACACAGACCGAGUAUUACUCUGAGCCAUGUGACGGUCAAUUCACAGACGUCCCACACAGUAUUAGUCGCAGAUGUGCAGCCUUCGUGCUCUGUCUUUCCCACUCCACUGCUCUCUCUGUCAUCACAUCUUCAUGAUUGUGUGCCAUUUAGGUUUUUUGUUGUUGUUGUUGUUGUUGUUUUUUUUAUAUUGGUUGCACAUGGUAAAUGGAGACUUGAAACUCCAGCCACAACACAGAGGAGGACUGGAGUAAUUACACUUGUGUUUGCUCUGUCCUGAGCCUGAGUGCUCUCCAUCUGGAUGAGUGUGUGGGAGAGAGAGGGGGAUGCUGAGUCUGACCUGGCUGCCUUCACUGCGGGAAAGAUGCCCUCCAUGCUUGGGGAGGUCAUUUUCUCCAUGUACGAUCAGCACUUGUAGAUUAUCUCAACAUUUUUUAUGUAUGUUUAUGCACAUGAUCAUUCACUUAGUCUACCAACAAAGUUUUUUUUAACCAGUUUUAUUUUUGUUUUUAACUUUUUUUUAAAUAACUGAACAAUAGUAUUUCGAAGUGUAUGUAACUAGAGUCGUAGUUACCUGUUGAUAAUCAAGUAGUAUCACUUUUACUUUCAGAGUUUUAGUGUCUUAUGGGCUAUAUGCUUUGUGAGGGAAAUGGUCCAAUCUUCUUUUUCCACUUGGUGGGGGGGGGGAACCCUCUCUAAACGUAACAAGAACUAGCUGCAUGCGCAGAUUCACUGUGACAGAUGUGGUGUGCAGUGGACACUGCUGUUAUGUGCUGGAAGAGUGCUGAGCCAGGACUCGUCAAGUGUAUUGUCGUUUUGUUUUUACUGAGUCAUAUACGGAGCUCUACAGAUCACCUCUAUGCAAGAACAUUUGCACAUGCUUAACUGACUUGACAAAAACAGAAGGCUUUAGUAUCUUCAGCUGUAAAAGCUGGGGGUGAUCCUCAGUAUCCAGCGUCAUUCCAACUUUGGUGCUGUUGCUGUCGCUCUGACUCUGCAAGAGAGAUAACAUGAGAUUUUAAAAAAAGAUAAAAAGCUUUAGCAAUACGAAUGUGAACCUUUGUCACGCCAAUAAAGCACUAUUGAACUGAACUGAAUUAAAAUGAGAUGGCUACCAGUAACCCUGAAAUCCAAACAUCAGUCACUCGCUGAAGCUCGGAUACCGGUAGAUACGUUGCGUAUUUCAGACCUGUGUCUUCACUGUGGAUGGUAUUGCUUUGUUGAGUAAAAGCCAGGGUAGGAAGCUAAAUGCUCACAGAGCAGAGGUCAGAACAUGACUAGGCACAUUUUUUCCUGUACUGUAAAGCUCACGGAACAGCAGGCAUUUGCUAGCGGUUUCCCAGCAUCGUGCUGGCAUAAGACUUCUGGCAGGACUGUUCAGUGGAUUAGGGCACUUUUUCACAUUUGGCCCGGGUUUCCACAUCACAAAUAAAUUUUGCUCAAAUGACUUCUUUAAUUAUUUCUAAUCUAUUAUAGUCUUCCCAGGAAAUAAAAGUGCAGUUUGGCCAUUAUUGCAUGGCAUUAUAAAUCA